CCACUAAAGCCUCGAUGGAUCAGAUUUACGAGGCGUCGUUAAAAACACGAGCGCAACAAGGACGUGAUCGCGGGAUAACGACUUUUAUAGGGAUGAGAUGGAGGGAGCGGAAGGACGAGGAAGGCAACGCAGGGAAAUGACGGCGGAGCCGGGCAGGAAUGGUGAAGUGGAAGUUUCACCCUUGUGCUUCUGAUGGCACAAUCAACUCAUUGAUUAUUCAAUUUCACAACUCCUUCGACAAAUGAUUGAUCAUUUUCAGCAGGGGCGACCAGCCAGUGGAUCACAGAUCGACACCAAAUCGGUCGCGAGCCUGUAGGGGUCCGCCGGUCCUUCAGCAGCUUCUGGCACUCGCGGUCAUGCUCUUCCGCCAGCCGCUGCGCCUCCUGUCGCCGCCGCUGGCCGCGUCCCACCGACGUGCGCACACAGCGAGCCCCGCCCUCGGCCAGGAGAGCGUGGAGGUGUUAGGUCGCGCCUACGCGUGCGACGACUACACCAAUGUCACGCCCAAGGUCCUGGCCAAAGUGGGCCGCAACCUCCACAACCAAAGGCAUCAUCCGCUGUGGCUCCUCAAGGAGCGGAUCAAAGCUCACUUCUACAGCGCUUACGCGGGUCGCUCGGGCAACCCGCUGUUCUCGGCCCACGACAACCUGAGCCCCGUGGUCACCGUGGAGCAGAACUUCGACAGCUUGCUGAUCCCGCCCGAGCACCCCAGCAGGAAGCGCGGCGACAACUACUACCUGAACAGGAGCACCAUGCUGCGCGCGCACACCUCGGCCCACCAGAGGGAGCUGGUGAGCAGCGGCCUGGACGCCUUCCUCUUGGCCGGAGACGUGUACAGGCGGGACGAGAUCGACGCCAGCCACUAUCCCGUCUUCCACCAGAUGGAGGGCGUGCGCCUCUUCUCCAACCGCCAGCUCUUCUGCGACGUUGCCGACGGUGACGAGCUAAACAUGUUUGAGGCGGCGGGGGGCCGCAGGACGCCUCACAAACAGGAAGUCCACAGUCUGGAGGCCGUCAAGCUGCUGGAAUUCAACCUCAAGCAAACGCUCAGCGGACUAGUCAGGCACCUGUUCAGAGAAGACUUGGAGGUGCGCUGGCUGGACUGCUACUUCCCCUUCACUCAUCCCUCCUUUGAGAUGGAAGUGCGUUUCCGUGGCGACUGGAUGGAGGUGCUGGGCUGUGGAGUCAUGGAGCAGCAGCUGCUCAACUCUGCCGGCGUGGCCAACAAGGUGGGUUGGGCCUUCGGACUGGGCCUGGAGCGCCUGGCCAUGGUUCUGUACAACAUCCCCGACAUCCGAAUGUUCUGGAGCCAGGACGAACGUUUCCUCAAGCAAUUCCGUGUGGACGACAUCCACCAGGAGAUCCGCUUCCAGGAACUGAGCAAGUACCCGCCGCUGCACAACGACAUCUCCUUCUGGCUCCCCGCGGCGGGCGAGCCGGCCUUCCACGCCAACGACUUCUACGAGUUGGUGCGAGCCGUCGCCGGAGACCUGGUGGAGGAGGUCACGCUGCUGGAUGACUUCACGCACCCCACGAGCGGAAGGCGGAGCUUGUGCUUCCGCCUGGUUUACCGCCACACGGAGCGCACGCUAAGCCAACAGGAAGUGCGUGCGGUUCACCACCAGAUACAGCGCGAGACCGAGACGCAGCUGGGCGUCGAGGGACGCUACUGAACACGCCCCCGGUCAAUCUGUCCACUUUUACUAAUUGUCACAAUGAAAUGUCAGUCGAUAUCAAAACACUGGAGCUCAUGUUGUCGUUGUUGAAGAUGACAACUUCUAAAACCAGUAAAUGUUUCCAAAUAAAACAUCACAAAGAUA